CCUAAUUUCUCUCUUUUCCCUCUCUUCUCUCUUGAUACCCAUAAUUCUUUCUUCAUCUUCAGCAACGACAACCACAGAAGGUUGUCGUCGUUGACCUUGUCGUUGCGGAUAGCCACCAUAGUGCGGAAUCACCAGCCAGCCCACCUUCUGCACUUCUUCGAUUGUUGUGGAUCUGAGGAAGGCCGACGUCAGAGUUGGUUCAUGUCUUCUGGAACAACGGGGUUGACUCGUGGGUCUGGGCUUCAGGAACAAUGGGUCUUGACUUCGCUCCAUCAAAAUACCAUGUCUUCAUCCCAAAACAUCGAACACGUCAUCCUAUUCAAGCUCAAAGACGAUGCUGAGCCGUCUGAAGUCAAAGCCGCGGUCAACAAAAUCAAGGGCUUGCAGACCAUCGACGAGGUCCUCUACCUCACCGCUGCACCACUCCGAUCAUCAUCAAACUCCUCACUCGCCUUCACACACGUGUCCCACAGCCGCUUCAGGUCAACAUCCGAACUAAGCGCGUAUGGCGUACACCCGCUCCACCUGAGAAUGAAAAAAGAAGACAACCAUCUCAUCGACGAUGUCCUUGCAGUCGAUUGGUUCACCAACGAGUUCGGCGGUGAUCACGUGACUGUGCCUCCCGGCUCCGGCGUGCGCGUGACAUUGUGGAAGCUUAAGGAAGGUUUAGGCGACGAAACGAGAUCCGAGAUUUUGGAGGGGAUGAGAAAAAUUAAGGAAGGAGAAGAAGUGACUGAGUUUACUUAUGGCGUGAAUUUCUCGGAUAGAGGGAAGGGAUUCUCGAUGGCAAUUCUCACGGUAUUUCGGAGUGAAAGUGAAUUGGAAGCCGCAGAUGAUGCAAAUCAGUACGAGAAGUUCAAAGAUUAUUUGGAUACCACACUCGUGAUUGAAUUCGUGGUCCCGUCCCAAUAAUUCGCCAUUUUAUCCAUCUCGAUUCUUGUUAUUGUUCCUAUGGUUCUAAAUCUAUAAAUAUCCGGCCUGGACUUUAGAUCAUCGCUACUGUUAUGUUUGGAAAGCUUUGCAGUUUGUAGUGUGACAAUUUCUAUCCAGUCUCAAAUUAGUUUUUUUUUCCUUGAUAUUUUCAAUAAAUUGAACAAUAUUACAUAUAAGACUCACUAAUGAAACUAUUAAAUUUUAUCCGCCA